GAUGUGGAAAGGUGGGGACUCUCAUACUUUGUUGGUGGGAAAACAGUUUGGCAGCUUCUCAGUAAGUUAAACAUAGAAUUACCGUAUGGGUCAGAAGAAUUGAAAACAGGUGUUCAAACAGUUCGUAGCAGCUCUAUUCACAACAGCCGAAAGGUAGAAAUGACCCAAAUAUCUAUCAGUAGAUGACUGGAGAAACAAAAUGUGGUAUAUCCAUGCAGUGGGAUGUUAUUGAGCCACAAAACGGAAUGAAUUAUUGACACGUGCUAGAACAUGGAUGAACCAUAAAAAUAUCAUGCAAAGGGAGAAAAGAGAGCCACAAAAAGAAACAUACUGUAUGACACCACUUACAUAAAACUACCCCAAAUGGGCAAAUCCGUACAGCCAGAAAGCAGAUUAGUGAUCGCCAGGGAGCCAAGGGUUGGAGGGAGCGGGAAAUGAGGAGAGGCUCCUUAAUGAGUAUGGAAUUUCCUUUGGGGGUGAUGAAAAAGUUCUGGAACUAGACAGUGGUUGUGGCUGCCCAACAUUGUGGAUGGACUCAGUGCCGUAGAUUGUCUACUUUAAGAUGGUUGAAAUGGUAAGUAUUAUGUGUGUGUUACCACAAUCAAAAAGCAUUGAACUACCAUAUAACAAAAGAGCACAGCCCAGGUUCAGUUGAGGGAUUGCCCCAACAUUCAAGGAGAAGGGCGUUGUGGCUGAAGAAUAUGUAGAUUCUCAAACACAUUAGUUAUCAGAGAAGUGCAGAUAAGAAUAAAAUAUUAACAUUUAUACCUAUUGGACUGUCAACAUUUAGAAAACUGGAUAAUGCCAAAUAUUCCAAGCUUUUGUUCUUUAACCUGCUUAGAGUCCAGCUUCACUGGCCCCUAGGUGGGGUCUGUAGGCAUAGAGGAAUGUUCAAGACUGCUGGUGUGGGUAAGUACGAUGCAGCCGUUGGGGAGAGAACUCUAGCGAGACUUUGUCAAAUCGGGAAUACACAUGCCCUGUAUUUUACUUCUAGGGGUAUAUCUGAGAAAUAUUCUCACAGGGGACUAUAAGGAGACAUGCCCUAGUGAGGAAACAUCCUCCAGGAAGCAUCCUGGAGAAUUAGCCAGCAGUUGGAACAGUGAACUAGAUAUAGUCUAUUAUUUUGUCCAAAAUCAAAACUGCACAUCCACAGAGGAGAGAUUUCAAAGAUUAUCCGAGAGUGUCAAGAAGAAAGCUUCUGGAAGAGAGCUCUGCCUUUUUCUCUUGUGAGCAUGCUCGCCACCCAAGGACUAGUCCACCACGGUUAUUUAGCAUCUAAUCCAAGAUUUGGAUCAUUGCCCAAAGUUGCACUUGCGGGUAUCUUGGGAUUUGCCCUUGGAAAGGCAUCAUACAUACGAGUGUGCCAGAGUAAAUUCCAUUCCGUCGAAGAUCAGCUCCGUGGGGCUGGUUUUGGUCCAGGGCAUAACAGGCACUGCCUGCUUACCUGUGAGGAGUGCAAAAUCAAGCACGGAUUACACGAGAAGGGAAGCUCUCAGCCUUCAGCUUCUUAAACUUGUCUCUAUGGCUUUGGAAGUUCCUUAAACCUCUCUCUGAAUUUGUACACAUUUAGAAUUUCAAGUGUACUUUAAAAUAACAUAUGUAUAGUGGAACAGAAACAUUGUGCUUCUCUCUUUCUGACAUGCUUUCUGGGGAAGAUUCUCAAUUGAAGCGAGCAGUAUAUGUCUGCGAUUUGAGAACUUGUCGGGGGCAUUCACACACCAAAAAAGAAAUUACAUUGCAUUCCUUAACUUGCUUACAGCUGAGUAAAAGCGCUUCAAGUCUUCACUGA